UCGAACUAAAUGUGAUCCUGUGACGAACCCCUUGAUGGAAUUUGAUCCGUCGUAAUGCCCUUGUUACGGUUUCAUGACAACACAAUAGAAGUCUAGUGCUUCGAGGACAAAUCAUUUACACCCCACGUCUUGAGCUCGUAAUAUCUCUCCACUCAUAUGAGUGCGUGUAUAGACGCCGCUCGCUUCGAGCCGUAUUGUAACAUCAGGUUACAUCGCUUUUUACACUAGCUAUAUCUUCACCAGUGAAAUCUAAGUAAAUGUAGAAUAUUCUUAGAGCCAACUGUUUCCUUAGCAAAAAUAGCAUUUGGACUGCUCCUUUUGAUAAGAUGGUGUGCCUCCAGUUUCAUAAAAUAUGGUUCGAUUGACGAAACUCUCCCCUUAUCAUGAGAAUGUAUGAUGAGUACCUACGCUGUAGAUGUCUAUAUAUCCCAAGACCCACUGAGUGGAUGCAAUAUGAAGUACCCAUUCAACAUGACUUAACUCGUAUACGAUGAUUUCCACAGAGCUCUGUCUAAUAAUCAUAGCAUUUAACAUUCAAAGCUGUCUCGCUAUCCCUACCUCCAACAUUACUGUAUUUCCACACGCUCCCCCACCAAUUUCCAACGUCUCUUCAGUACUUCUCACACAAGGCUGGACGGCAUCACCUUCGGGUCGAGGAUCUAUCGAUAUCCUAUGGAGCUGUCUGGUUACCAUAUCCCUCUGUUCCUGGUCCGUUCUCUGUCUCCAAGUUCCUGGACCCCAUGAUUCGCGCCUAACAAUACUCUGGCGACGACUCUGGCUCACAGCACUCUGCGGCGUGGGACCCGAGUUUACAUUCCAAAUUGCACUUGGCCAAAUGCUCUCGGCUCGAAGAUCUGUUCGAGAUUUUCGCGAUGCCGAUUAUCCGGAUUGGACGAUGAGACAUGCUUUCUAUGCCGAUUCUGGCGGGUUUCUAUUGCAGACUCCCGAUUUUAAAGUUAUCCCUGUCGAUGGCAAACAGCUUUUGUAUUUGAUCACGAAUCGCUAUGUCGAGUAUCCUCAGAUCCGAAUCCAGGAUAUUCGUGACAAGAAUAAAGUGGAUGAUCUCCUCCGUCUGAUUUCUGUUGGUCAAAUCAUAUGGUUCAGCGUCACGGUGAUUGCGCGCGCUGCGCAAGGUCUCGAAAUAACGGGCAUGGAACUCACGACUGCGGCGUUCAUUGUCUGUAGUCUUGGAACAACGUACUGUUGGUGGAAUAAAGGAGCAGAUGUCGCUACACCCAUCACCCUCACUACCAAGACGACCAUGGUAGAUAUUUUGAAAAAUGCAAAAGAUGCAUCACCAGGUCCAUAUCAACAAACUCCUCUAGACUUCAUCAGUCGUCAUGAAUGGUAUUGGUCUCGAUACUGGAAACAUUGGAUCAAUAUCCUUCGAAAUAUGCGCAUAGUGUUUGCACCGAAAACACUCCCGUUUGAUAGACUCGAAAACACGGAUUGGAAAGAGUUGAAACGGGGAGGACAGGCAGCUUUUUAUGCCAUGAGUUUAGCUUACACUGCUAUUUUCCUGGCGGCGUGGAAUAAUCGUUUUCCUACGAACGCGGAGAAGAUAAUUUGGAGGAUUGCUAGUUUGUCUAUGGUCGCGACGGUUCCGCUAUACUUCAGCAUUACGGCGUUUGCUUAUGAGGUCUAUCCUGCUCUUGAGCAAUAUUUUCGUUCGGUGCCUGUAUUGAGUACAGAAUCUCAAGGAGGCGAGAUAUUAUCGCAAGCAUUGUCCGAGAACAAAACAGGCGCAGAGGAAAUUCUUUCAGAAGAAUCGAUGCCAUCGCAGUCGUCCUAUAAGCAUAAAAACACAAAUUUGGAGAAACCCGAAGAAGUAAUACCAUCUAAUCACUCCUCCCCGAAUUCACCCAGACCUCGCUCGCAGCCUUCCAUCCUUAGCUGGAUAGCAGCGCAUCUCCGAAACAAUUCUCUCUCCAAAGAUCCCUCACUCUCUAUUCCCCUCAAAGCAACUCUCCCGAUGUAUCUCGUUGGCUUCUUCUAUUGUAGCUCGCGGAUGUUGAUACUCACGUUAGAUUUAACACAAUUGCGCUCUUUGCCCAAAAGCGCUUUUGAUACUGUGGAUUGGGGAGCUUUUUUACCACAUUUUGGUUGAGGGAGAGGAGAAGAUGGGAAAAGAUGGUUAUAUCAGGGCAUGUGGAUAGCUCGUUGUUGCAUAUGAAAAUGAAGACAAGGAUAAAGAUGAAGAUGAUUUAAUUUUGCGAAUGGACAAUGUAAUGAAAGCGAAUCACUAUGUUGUUGCUGUUGCUCUAGCUUGACUUUUCAAUGGAUAAAUUUAAUACAAGCUUAACCUGUCUUUAUAGAGCCUCGCUCUUGGAAUGAUUUCUGGAAUGGAAAAUGUGAAUGUUCCCUCUGAAAACUUCUCCAAGUCGGGGACUCGUAGGUCUUGAUCGUAUAAGGCGAUGUUACUUGAAGCAGCCCAGCUUGAUCUUUUCUCAUUAACCAUUAACCUUAUUGACUUGUUGCACUUGCCUCGUCCAGUAAAGUUUCUGUGAGCGGUGUUGUUGAAUCAGGGAGUCAUUAUUGAAGUCUUGAAAUGUUACCA